AUCCUCCCAGACAAACAAUUGGACAUCUUUGCCCCUCUCGGAUAUCUUUCCUUUCCUCCACGUUCACCCAUCCUCUUCGUCAUCGCUGAGCAGCUACGCCCUCUCUUUCCACUAUCAUUCUGUUUACAUAUCUCACUAUUUAAUAUUUUAUUUUUUGCGCCCGUUGUGUUUAUUUGCGCGUGAAAACUGAAGUGAGAGAUUCUUUUGAAUGCCAAGCUCCAUUGUAUCACACUGUUCCUCCCCGCUGGACUUGGCACCAUCUCCCCUGCUCGAUCCCCGCAAAGUCUCGACAACAAACGCCAACUCAAAUAUAAGCAUAACCAUGGCUGAGCAACGCGCACACCCACACUCCCACUCCCACUCCACAUACGAUCCCCCACAGCAGCACCGUCAGCACCAGAACCACCACCACCACCAGCAUCCAUAUCAGCAGACUUCGAACGAUCCCUCACAUCAUCCUUAUCAUCAGAAGGAUUUUCAGGCACACCAGAAGGCAGAGCCUACAAUGAAUACCUCUACAGACCACCAUUCCUCCCAGCGCCUACAGCAGAAGCAUUCUUCAUACGACCAUCAUCCUCGCCAGAGUCAGCACUACGGUAAUCAUCGCCGGCAGAUGGAGGACGAAGAUGAGGACGAAGAUGAGGACGGCGAUAUCGAGGAGGAUGACGAUGAGGACCAUCCUGGGUUCCAAAGCACCUAUCAUUCUGCCUACAACAGUGCCUACAACAGCUGUGACGAAAGCGAGGACGUCAACAUGGAGAGUGUGGCCAUAAAAGAGGACCAUGGUGAUCAGGACAUGGUGGAACCUCCUUCUUCGUCAGCUUCCUCUUCUUCGUGCUCCCUUUCUUCCUUUGCUCGUCAUCCUCAUUCGCCCUCCAGUACCUACCAACCUCGCCAGUCCCAGGCCCAGCCUCAGCAGCCGCAACCACACGCCUUCCAUCCACAGCGCCAGCAACACGAACACUCAUCAUCGUCUUCCUCUGCCGCUACUCCAUCGUCCUCUCCUUCCUCCAGCACCAAACCUGCCCCUCUCGCAACGAUCAAACCACGACCUACGCUCCGCCCUUUACUCCCAUCCCGUCCUACCAGUCCUCAACCCCUCCUCGGUCGCUCAGGGACUCAAUCUUCAGAUAUGAGUGCCUCAAAGGAUCCGUCCGCCGCUGAGUCUUCUACAUCCGCUACGGGUUCGACUGGCAUGGGCACGGGCACAACCUCGUCUUCGGCAGGCAAGACGCGUCAAUCUGCUUAUAAGAUCAAUGGUCUCAACAUCCUUAACAGGAACAGUCUCGAUAGCCGCACCGCUUUGGAGAUGAUCCGCAGGCGCCGUGAAAACCAUAAUCAUGUUGAACGCCGCCGACGCGACACGCUCAACUCGACCAUCUUACAAAUCGCCGAGAUCUUGCCCAAUUGCUCCUCCAGUGCCAAGUUGAAUAAAGGCACGAUCCUCCGAUUGGCACUUGAUCAUCUCAGGGCACUUCACACCGAGAACCAUUCCUUGCGAUCUGAGAAUGCGGCCCUUCGCUUCUUUUACCAGGGCUCACAGAUGCGUCGCAAUGGUCCACAAGGAUCAGGCGGUGUUUCCGGACAGCCUGGCCAUCCAAGUCAUCCUGGCAACACCCAUCCUCAGCAUCCGCACUCAGUUGCUCGCGGAGCAGCGUCCUCGUCCAGCGGGAUGAGCACUCCGCCCAUCAUCCCUGGACCUGGCCAAGGCACUAUCCCAAGCCUGGCUACAUCUGCUGCUCAGUCCCAGGCUCAGUCCCAUGCGUCCUUUGUCUCCAAUGUCACUAUGGCGACUGCUCCAGGAUCGAUCUCGGCAUCCGCCCCUGCCUCUGCCGCCAAUAGCCCUCCAGGACAGCAUGCAACAGCCCAUCUAGGUCCCUCCCAGGUCCCAUCAUCCUCCAUGGCCCCCGUGCCAUCCGCCAAUAAGCGGUCCAUGUCAGCCAGCGGUCAUCUACACCCUAUUUUACCAAAGUCGCAAACGAACAAGGUCUCACCCUCAUCGAGCCCUCGCCCCAGAUUGCUGCCCCAUCCUAGCCCUAGCGGCGUCAAGCCCUACAGUGACGCUAUCCGUAUGGGCCCGUCUCCGCUGUCCAGUCCAUGCUCCUCGCCGCCUCUGGCGUCGGUCUCAUAUCCUGCCACGUCUGCCGCCUCAAAUGCCCUCGCCAAUGCUCUGCCCACCGUCCCAGCGAGUCAUCAGCAUUCUGCCGCUGUCUCCGCUGCUGCUGCAGUUGCUGCAGCCGCCGCAGCCGCAGCCGCAGCUUCCACGACAGGCUCAGGGUCGACGCACAACAACAAUCGCUCCCUGAUGCCCUCUUCAGCGUCAUCGAUGAAUUCCCGCCAUCAAAAAAGCAGUAAUGGAGGUCAUGGCCUACAUUCUUCGUUGCCAAUGGUGGUUCCAACCGGAGCAGCUUCCGAAAAAGGGAGAAAAUAUUCCGCUCAUUCUGCACAUUCGUCGAUUUCUUCGGCACCCUCAUCCGGAACGCCCUCGGCGACCACCUCACCUUAUGUUUCUCCUUAUCCUGGCUCCCAGAUUCAGUCAAGUCAUCCAGGAUACGGUCAAAGUCAAGGUCAAGGCAUGCAUGGCCAGACCCAUUCUUCUUCUUCGCCAUCGUCGCAUCCCAGCCAUCCUUCUCAGCAUUACUAUCCUCCGCAACAGCAUAGUCAGCAGUAUCAACAGCAGCCAUACGCUCAUCAUCACCCUCUAGGCCCUGGUAUCGUGCUCCCAUCGAUUGGAACGGUGACAAAUCCUUCGAGCCCCAUGACAUCGCCCCAUCAUGCCCCACACCCUAUGGGAUCCCUACCUCUACCUACGCCCAUGAGUCUCCCAGCUCCUGUGAUGAGUCACGACUCGUAUGCCAAGCAGCAGCAACAGCAGCAGCAGUCCUACUCGCACGCGAACCAUGGUCACGGUCAGGGUCAAGGUCAUCUCCACUCUCACUCUCAUCCUCAUGUUCACGCCCAUGUCCAUCCACACGAAGGCCUGCCUAUCCUGCCACCUCUGGCGCCUCGUUAAAUGCGCGCCUUUGUCUCAAUGUUCACGAUCUAUCCUACUCCGAUGUACAUAUACCAUUUUGCAUACCAUAGCAUACGUUAGUUCCAUUUGUGUAUCUUUUAAUAUCACCAUCAUGAUCUUCAAACGGCCUGCUGCACAAAUAACUGCGAUGAACAAUUGUCAAGCCAUCUUGUGCUGCAAGAAUCAAUGGCAUAUUUAUAUGUCCACACGCCCUUUUUAUGCUCGUCUUCGUGUUCAUGUUAUAGUAGUGGUAAUGGUUGCAAAAAAAAAAAAAAAUUGCAGAAACUGGUAGACUCACACUUC